AUGCUCUCCACAUUCCUACUCGCCUUGGUGCCCCUCGUGGCAGCAACAUCCUCCUCGAAACGCGGUCUCGUCUUCACUCCGAACUCCAAUUGGCCUCAGGACAACCAAGUAUGGGUUCAAUCAGGUUCCGAUCUGACGUGGUACUACAACUACCAGGAAAUUCCAAGCCCGGCCUUCUCGGGGAAGACCCAGGCAGAGUUCGAGUUCGUCCCCAUGAUGUGGGGUGUCUCAUCGAACCCCCAAGACACGACAUUCCUUAAGAGCGUGACGAGCUUGAUCAAAGACAAGGGCAUCAAUAUCACCCACGCCCUAGGCUUCAAUGAACCUGAUGGUCCCUCAUCAUAUGGCGGCAGUGAUGUUGCCCCUUCUAUCGCCGCCAAGGCCUGGGUCGCCAACUUCAUUCCUCUUCAAGAGCUCGGCGUCAAGGUCGGUCUUCCCGCCUGCACCGGCGCUCCGGGCGGUUUGCCCUGGUUGAAACAGUUCCUGGGUAACUGCUCUGCGCUCAUCAGCACCGACGGAGAGACCAAGAACUGCACAUACGACUUCCUCCCGGUGCAUUGGUACGAUAACUUUGGAGGCCUGGCGAGCCACAUUGGUGAACGUGUUGCAGCGUUCCCCGACACCAAGAUCUGGAUCACCGAGUAUGCCUAUGCCAACCAGGAACUCUCCGCGACCCAGGACUUUUACAACAUGAGCGCAGAGUACUUUGACCGCAUCGACUACAUUGAGCGGUACACGUACUUUGGUGCUUUCCGCUCCAAGACGAGCAACGUUGGCCCCAACGCCUCGUUUUUGAACAAUGACGGCAAGUUGACAGACAUUGGCUCAUGGUACCUCGGCAAGAGUGCCACGGGCGUGAAGCCGACGUCCGGUGAUAGUAGCGCUGCCGUCCGUGGAGGCGCACCAGUGCUUACUGCGAUGGCGGCCACUAUCCUCGGUGCCGUCUUCACUUUCACCUCAUGA